CAAAGCACGGAACAGCGAGGACGGACGGACAGGCGGCUGCUCCCCUCCACUCCUCCUGCUCCUCUUUCCUCCACCUCAUGACGGUUUGACUGACACGGGCGCUUUUUUUUUGGCACAGACAUACAUACUCAUCAUCCACUUUUUUUUUUGCAGCGCAUCGGAGCGGGCGGUAAUUGGACAGUGGAGAUCCACAGCGGCGGAUGAGAGCAUUUCAUGUCCAUCCUGGCCAGGAAUCACUGUGACCCCGACAGAAAGGAGUUCCACUUGAGAGGAUGGGGGGAGUAAGUGAAGGAGAUGAUGUGCUGGCUCGAUGGAGUGAUGGACUGCUGUACCUCGGCAAUGUGAAAAGAGUAGAUGGAGUCAAGCAGUGUUGUCUGGUGAGAUUUGAGGACAACUCAGAGUUCUGGGUCCUAAAGAAGGACAUUCACUCAUUCGCUGCUGGAGUGGAAGAAGUUUGCUGUAUUUGUGAAUCUCCGCCUCUUAAAGAACCCCUCAUAAAUUGUCUUAAGUGUCGCCAUGGUUAUCAUCUAGAAUGCCACACGCCAACCAUCGAACCGGAAGCUGACAGCAAUUCGUGGAUAUGUCGGCAGUGUGUCUUUGCAGUAGCAACCAAGAGAGGUGGGGCCCUCAAAAGAGGACGCUUCGCCCGGCUCAUGCAGUUAAUGAAGCUUCGGUUACCGUACCAGCUGUCCUCUUUAGACUGGGACCCGCAGCAUCUGACCAAUCAGCAGCAGUGUUAUUGCUACUGUGCUGGACCUGGAGAGUGGAACUUGAAGAUGUUACAGUGUGGAAGCUGUGGUCAGUGGUUUCAUGAGGCCUGCACACAGUGUCUUACUAAACCUUUACUGUAUGGAGACAGGUUUUAUCAGUUCCAGUGUUCAGUGUGUACGAAGGGACCAGAGACCAUCCAAAGACUGCCCAUGACCUGGGUGGAUUUGGCCCACCUCGUGCUCUACCACCUCUCCCUGUGCUGCAAGAGGAAAUACUUUGAUUUUGACCAUGAAAUCCUGUCCUUCACCAAUGAGAAUUGGGAGUCAUUGCUUCUAGGCGCGCUCUCUGACACACCAAGGCAAGACCGCUGUCACAAUCUCCUCAAUGCUUUGAACUCCCACAAGGACAGAUUUGUCUCUGGAAAGGAGAUCAAGAAGAAGAAGUGUCUUUUUGGACUUCAAGUUCGAGCCCCACCGCCGCUUUCAUCUGAUUCAGCCCCUCUCAUCACCGACCCACCUAUCAACAUCACACACCGGAGAAGCCCACUGUCAAUACCCUGCCAGAGGAGAGUCGGGGGGCCAGAGUCACGUAAAUCAAAGCGGCACAUCAUGGAGACACAGGCUUGUCCACCCCCAGGUGAUGUCAACUCCAUUGACCUGCUGCCAUGUUGCCAUGGGUACAUGGGUGGGGCCAGCCUUUGCAGCUCCAGGAAGUCAGAAGACGAGUUUGGCAAUUUGAGCUCUCCCCCAAAGCGGAUGCUUGCCCUGUACCACACCACUUACAACGGAAAUACUGCUCUCUCAAGGACUCUGCAUCACUGCAACAGCAUGGAGGACACCUGCAGACUGCCACCACCUUGCUUCCCUUAUCCUGUCAACUCCAGUGGCAGCCAUCACCACCUCCACCAGCACCAUCACAACCAACAACACCAGCCGGUGCAGAAGCAGCUGGAGCCCUGCGCACCUUUCCUGCUACGAGAUCUGCCGCCUUAUCAGGCCGGGGUGGGAGGAGGGGGAGGGGGAGGAGCAGGAGGAGGAGGAGCAGGGAUGGGAGCCGGGGUGGGAGGAGGGGGAGGGGUAGGAGGAGCAGGAGGAGGAGGAGCAGGGAUGGGAGUCGGAGGUGACGGGACAGUAGCAAGGAGCUGGGGAGGUGGAGAAGCGGUAAGAAUCUUGGCGAGACGAGUCACACCGGAUGGGAAGGUUCAGUACCUUGUGGAGUGGGACAACGUGAGUUUGUACUGAGACAGUGAAAGAGUGAAGUCAGAGACACAAAGACUGUUGUGCAUUUGCCACAUAACUGUGUGUAAUAUGUGGCAAUGUUUAAACUACAAGGAAACAAAA